GAUAUAUACACGGUCACGGUUAUCCCGGACUGUGUUCCGGAAAAAGUGGCCUACUUGAAAGAAAGAGUGGGCACUCUCGUGUUUCAACCCCACUAUACUAUUCAUAGUUGUGGGGGACUGUGUACUUACAGCCUCUACGAGGGCUGGUUUCCGAGUUGGAGUCUGAAUCAUUGCAUAACUUCCUGA